AUGGCAAUUCGAGCAUAUUCCGUGCAGAUCCUAGCUAUCACGACAGCCCGCAAUGCAUGUAUGGACGGUGACUUAUCUACCGCUGAAGAACUACUCACGCAAGAUAUCGAUACUGAUCCGAACAACCAUACUUCCUACGCCCAUCGCUCAUUCAUUAUGGCGCGAAAACACGAUUGGGACCGCGCCCUUCAGGACGCAAUCAAGUCCAUCAGCAUUGAGCCCUCGUUGACAGGCUAUAUCUCCAAGGGUAUUGCACUCUGUGGAAAAGACCACAUCCCGGAUGCGAGGGCAGCAUUUGAUGUUGCAUCCAUGUACACGGACCAAGAUUCAGAUAUGGUUCAUUUUCUGCUCUUGAUCAAGGCCAUCGCGCUCUUCAAUGCAGAUCAACAUGACGAGGCAAACCUGCUCCUCAAAGAACUCGCUACCGGUUGUCCGAAUGCCGACACUCGCGCAUGUCGUAUAGUGCAAGCAUAUCUACAUGUUCAACUUGGACUCAAAGCCUUCGAAGACGCACGUCACGACGAAGCUGCUGACCAUUUCACUGUCGCUGUUGACUGCAGUACUUUAUCAUCAAAAUCGCACAUUCAUGAAAUUUACGAGGAUUUAGUGAUGCUCUUCGGUUGGGAUCUUAACUCGUUGUGGCUCACUGCGCACCAGAAACGUUGGGAUGCACUCCUUCGGGCACGUAAACUUCCAGAUGCCGUGAGAUCGUACCAGUAUAUCAUGAUUUCGAGUGAUGAAAAUACCAAGGCCGAAUACCUUGAGUGGUCCAAUGCUUUCACGGAAGAAUACAGCGCGCUCUGUCUUACCAAUGGAGAUACUGCCUUUGCUGCAAGCGAUUAUGAUAGGGCGAUUGCGCUCUACUCGGCAGUGAUCGACUUGACUUUUGCAUCCAUUGCCAUCUUUGUAAAGCGCAGCAAGGCAAGGUUGGCAAAAAUGCUAUGGACAGAAGCACUUCUCGAUGCGCGAAAGGUCAUCGAACUCGAUCCUUCAUCUCACGUUGGAUACGAGUUGAUGCAUACAGCGCUGCGUGGCGCGCAACGUUACAACGAAGCUAUUGAGGCCUUCAAAAUCAUGUUGUCCAAGUUGGACGAUUCUCCCGAAGCUCAGAUACGAGAUCUGCGUCAGCAGUAUGUCUCUCCAUCGGAAGCAGAAGACACCAUUCAAAGAGUUAUUCGGAUUGAACUCGAAUAUGCCCCGCUACGUCUACUGAAUACCUCCACGGGUCUUUUGUGCGAUAGAGCGGCACAAAUAAACGCCUUCAAAAUGGGUCCAGAGUACAACGAGCUUAUCUCAUUUCCAAUGAAGGAUUCGAAUCUCCGAGCAGAGCGCAUCAAAGAUGUAGUGGCAACGUACUUCCGUUGCGUCCUGUUAUCACACAGGUGGGAGGAGAUGGAGGCGCUACUGCACGACAUUCAAGAUAAAGAUGUGCGUGAGUUAAAGGGACUUGCUGGGAUCGCGAAACUGCAGUCGUUCUGCAAUGUCGCUCGUGAUGCUGGAUAUCGCUGGGCUUGGAUGGACACGUGCUGCAUCGACAAGAAGAGCAACACUGAGCUUCAAGAAUCGGUCAACUCUAUGUUCGUCUGGUAUCGUCAUUCAGCGCUUACCAUCGUCUACCUCGGCGAUGUCCCUCCUUCAUCCCAACCCGGCGCAUUGGCGAGGAGUGCUUGGAACAAGCGAGGAUGGACCUUUCAAGAAUCCGUCGCUUCGAGAGUUGUUAUCUUCUAUCAAAAGGAUUGGUCAUUAUAUCUGGGCGAUCGCUCUCCCAACCACAAAGAGUCCCCCAGACUUCAGUGGGCGUCAUCUCGUGUCACCACAUUGCAAGAAGACGUCGCGUACUCAUUGUUUGGUAUCUUCGGUGUCCACCUACCUGUCAUUUAUGGCGAGAAGAAGCAGAACGUGCUCGGGCGACUCUUGCAGGAGAUCGUGGCCCGGUCGGGGGACAUCGCCGUCCUUGACUGGGUCGGACAACCUUCCGAGUUCAACAGCUGUCUUCCGGCCUAUAUUACUUCUUAUUCCACUCCUCCACGUACCUUUCCAUCUUUGUCCGAAGAUCAGAUUCAGACAAUUAUCUCCUCCCUGCGAAAGAAUCCCAUGGUUGUGGAUUUGGCUUCGGAACUUUACGACCGGCUUGACAACACAAGCGUUGCUCGUUUCACAAACUGCAGAUUGCGUCUGCCUUGCAUAACAUUCCGCGUUACAGAAGUCAAUCUGAGCUACGGUACAUCCCAGGAGACUCGAUAUGAAGUCAAGGCAGACGGACUUGACGACCUGCUCAUCACCACCAAAGAGCCGAUUGUUCAGUUCUCGCGGACAAGGCCCAAUCAGCAAACUUUGAUGCUUGUCCGUCCCUGGGAUCGGUUUCUUCUUGAGCUACCAGACUUUGCGGAGAAUGAAGAAGAUUAUUGGACGCCGCCUUCUCCGUUGGACGAUUCACUUAGCCGUUCUGUUGUAAAACAGGAGGUGGAUGAUCCAGAAUCGCGAGCAUUACGGUUACUUGUUCUUCUUGGGCAGCCUUUUGGCGCAUUUUUACUAGUGCGGCAGCGCGGCGGAGAAUACAAGAGGGUCGCAUCAGAUCGUGAUAUUAUUGCGCAAGUCAAAGAUGGGGUUUCCGUUCGGGACUUGAUGGACGUCAAGACAAUAGAAAUACUGUAGAUGCAUUGAUUAUGGAUCCAAGCGGUUUUCAUUGGCAUUUCGUAUGUAUUGGACUACAAUUUCUUUUCAAAAUGGAGACCGACUUCACUGUCUGAUACUA